CACACACACACACACGCCCCUGUUCUACAGACACUCCCUCCAGUUAAAUCGCGGAUUCGGUAAAGAAAGACUACAACACAUCGCUUUUUCUCGUGCACUGACAGCUUUCUGCAUCUGCCACAAUUUCUCACUAUGGUGUCCCAUAAGGAGUUUGAGACUGCAGGGAAAGCUCCUGGUCUGCAGAUAUGGCGCAUUGAGAACAUGGACCUGAAGCCAGUGCCUAAGAAUCUCUAUGGCAACUUCUAUACGGGUGAUGCCUACCUUCUGCUGUACACCACCAGCGCACCCUCGUACUAUAUACACAUGUGGAUGGGGAAUGAGUGUUCUCAAGAUGAAAGUGGAGCUGCAGCUAUCUUCGCCACACAGCUGGAUGACUUUCUUGGGGGUGGUCCGGUUCAGUUCCGUGAGGUCCAAAACAAUGAGUCACUCACCUUCCUGGGCUACUUCAAGUCUGGCAUCAAGUAUAAGCAAGGUGGGGUUGCGUCUGGCUUCCAUCACGUGUUGACCAAUGAUGUGAAUGUGAAGCGUCUCCUGCACAUCAAGGGCAGGAGGGCCAUCAGAGCCACUGAGGUGGAGCUGUCCUGGAGCAGCUUCAACAAAGGAGACUGCUUUAUCGUAGACUUGGGGAAGGACAUUUAUCAGUGGUGUGGCAGUGACUGCAAUCGUUUUGAGCGUCUAAAGGCCUCCCAGUUGGCCAUUGAUAUCCGGGACAAUGAGAGGAAUGGCAGGGCCAAGCUGAUCAUGGUGGAGGAUGGGGCUGAACCAGACGCUCUGACUAAAGUUAUUGGGCCCAAAUCCAGCAUCGCCCCAGCAACUCCUGACAAUGAGGAAGUGGAAACCUCCAACAAGAAGAAGGCAGCAUUGUACAUGAUUUCAGAUGCCUCUGGCUCCAUGAAAACAUCUGCUGUGGCCCAGACUAGCCCGUUCAAGCAGGAGAUGCUCUCCCUAGAUGAGUGCUAUAUCCUGGACAAUGGAGUUGAUAAGAAUGUGUUUGUUUGGAAAGGACCAAAUGCAAACACAUCUGAACGCAAAGCGGCUAUGAAAGCAGCCGAGCAGUUCAUCAAAGAGAAGAACUACUCUAGUAAAACACAGAUCCAGGUGCUGCCUGCAGGGGGCGAGACCACCCUGUUCAAGCAGUUCUUCUCUAACUGGAAGGACAAGGACCAAACCACUGGUCCUACCAAGGCCUACACCAUUGGCAAAAUAGCCCAUGUGGAGCAGAUUCCUUUCGAUGCCUCCAGCCUCCAUAACAACAAGACCAUGGCAGCCCAGCACAACAUGGUUGAUGAUGGUUCUGGAAAAGUCCAGAUCUGGCGUGUGGAGGGAGGGGAGCGUGUCCCGGUGGAUCCCUCUACUUAUGGGCGGUUUUUUGGGGGAGACUGUUACCUGAUCCUCUACAGUUAUAAACAGGGAAGUAGGGAGCAGCAUAUCAUCUACACCUGGCAGGGUCUGAAGAGCACUCAGGAUGAGCUGGCAGCUUCUGCCUUCCUUACGGUCCAGCUGGAUGACUCCAUGGGCGGAGCUCCAGUUCAGGUGCGAGUGACACAGGGUCAAGAACCUCCCCAUCUGAUGAGUCUGUUCAAGGGCAAACCUAUGAUCAUCCAUAGUGGAGGCACGUCCCGCAAGGACGGCCAGACCAAGACAGGCAGCAUGCGCCUCUUCCACAUCCGACAGAGCUCCUCUAGAGCCACGCGCGCUGUCGAGGUUGAGCCAUCUGCAUCCGGCUUAAACACCAAUGACGUGUUUGUGCUGAAGUCGUCAGAUUGUGUGUUUGUGUGGAAAGGCGCAGGUGCCAGCGAUGAAGAAAUGGUCGCUGCAAAGUUUGUUGUAAGUGUGCUGGGAGGAAAAUCCACUGAUGUUGCCGAGGGUAAAGAACCAGCUGGAUUCUGGUCGGCUCUGGGUGGAAAGAAGGAGUACCAGACAUCUCCAACUCUACGAAAUAUGGUCAAACCACCACGUCUGUUCGGCUGCUCCAAUAAGACAGGCCGGCUAAUGGUUGAGGAAGUUCCUGGAGACUUCACUCAGUCAGACUUGGCUACCGAUGAUGUCAUGUUGCUUGACACCUGGGAUCAGAUCUUCCUUUGGAUUGGUAAAGAAGCCAAUGAUGUUGAAAAAACUGAGUCACCAAAAAUAGCUAAGGACUAUGUGGACUCUGAUCCUUCUGGACGUCGUGGACUGCCCAUCACAACCAUAAAGCAGGGGGCUGAGCCCCCGACCUUCACAGGCUGGUUCCAGGCUUGGGAUCAACAUAUGUGGGACACUGACCCUCUGGAGAAAAUCCGAGCUCGCUUUUAAACCCAAAACGGUUCCCUCUUCUUUUCUUUACAUAAGCACUUCUUGUUCCUGUGCAAUAAAUUGCAACUUUCCAGGGUUUUACACAAUCUAAAGAUUGGUGAAAUGCCCAUCUUGCUUAAAAGUCCACUCUGUAAUGUUUUAUUUUUUAUUUUUUGUUAACAUAAUGUUGGCCAUUAUGCGAUUGGUCUUGGACUGUGACUAGAUUUAGUUACAGAUGCAAUUGUAGAAAUAAUUACAAUUAAUUAAUUAAAAAUCAUUUAAUCAGUAAGCAAAAGAGUCAAAUAUAGAUGAGUUACUGAAAUAAAGUCAUUAGUAUUUGACUGGUCAUGUGAUCUUAACAUGUCUGCCCUCAUGACUCAACCCCACUCCACGAGUGUUUUUUUAAUCAUUUUAAGCAUAACCAAAAGUACUGUUUUAAUGAGGAAAAUGAUCACCGUUAAAACUGACAGAUUUCACAUUACAGAUCCAUAGUUUUAUUGAACCUAGUCCAGUAAAAUGGAUUUUGGGAAUGUUUAGCUGUGUUCAACCAGAACCAGCUGUCAUCAUAGAAAUCUACCAAAUCUACCGAAAUGAUUAGCACUCAUAAUAAUGGUAUGAGGCAUAAGGUAUAGUUACCCUGUUACCCUAGUUUUUUUUUAUCAAGUCUUUUGGCUUUUCAUUUCUGCCAUAAUGGCUUCCAAACAUGUUAACAUUUUAAAAUAUGUGGCAAACUUCAUGACUAUUGUUUUUACACACAAGCCAUUGAUAUAUGUUCAGCUUGUACUAUGAUGUUGUUAUGUUGGACUUUAAUAAAUUGAGAUUUUGAGAAAGUGAAAUUA